UUUGAUUCGGUGAUCAUCAUCAUUCCAAAGGAGAAGGUCAUGCUUACUCUUUUGGGCCCUUCGCCAUUUGGCAAGCCGAAAAGGUCGCAAUUACUUGCGGCUUUACAGGCUAUCCAACCGUCUAUUCAGUCUAUCGAUGCUCUGCAUCUUCACUUUGUCUCUAUCCGCCAAGAUGCUCAAAUCACUGAAGAGCAAAGGAAGAUUUUGGAUAGUCUACUAGUUUAUGGUGACGAUAUCGCUUUUCCUGCAACAAAAGAAACAAUCUCAAAAGCACUAUCUUCCAAACAAGAAGAUGGCAAGACAAGCACGUUCUUCGUCACACCUAGACCGGGCAGCAUUUCACCAUGGUCAUCAAAGGCGACAGAUAUCGCGCGUAUGUGCAAUUUAGACUCUUGUGUAGAUCGAAUUGAAAGAGGAACAGCCUAUUUGAUCGAAAGCACAACUCCAUUGGAACUUGAUCCAAGCAUUCUAAGCCUUCUUCAUGACCGAAUGACUCAGCUUUUGGAUCGCGAUCCUCCAAGUUCUGCUAGUCUCUUUGGUCAAGCACCUCCCGCACCUUUGAGAAGCGUGCAACUAUCCGAUUCCAAUCAAAAGCCAGACCGUAACACUGCCCGUGAAAGACUUGCACAAGCGAAUCAAGAACUCGGUCUCGCUUUGGCCAAUGAUGAGAUCGAUUAUCUUGCAGACGCUUUUGUAGCAAACGACGAAAAUGCCUCUGAUGCCCUUCGUCGUGAUCCAACGGAUGUUGAACUGUUCAUGUUUGCUCAAGUGAACUCUGAGCAUUGCAGACACAAAAUCUUUAAUGCGGAUUGGACGAUCGACAAUAAAUCAAUGCAAAAUACUUUGUUCGGCAUGAUCAGAAAUACCCACAAGAUAACACCGCAAUACACAAUCAGUGCUUAUAGCGAUAACGCCGCCGUCUUGGAAGGAAGUGAAGCCUAUCGAUUUGCGUCAGCUCCUACAUCUUUGGGCAAGAGCACUCAUGCAGUUUAUGCCGGUCAAAAAGAAGAUAUGCCAAUGAUUGUCAAGGUAGAGACACACAAUCAUCCUACUGCAAUUUCUCCAUUCCCUGGAGCUGCUACAGGAUCAGGUGGUGAAAUCCGUGAUGAAGGUGCAGUCGGAAGAGGUAGUAAGCCCAAAGCUGGAAUUGUUGGUUUUAUGACUUCGGAUCUUUUACUACCCGAACAUGAGAACAAUAUUGGAGAGGGUUUGACUGGGUUGCGUGGACCUCAUAUGCCAUGGGAAUUGCACGUAGGAAAGCCUGGUCACGUUGCAAGUGCGUUGGAUAUCAUGACAGAGGCACCUUUGGGAAGUGCAAAUUUUAACAAUGAAUUCGGAAGACCAGGAUUGGGUGGAUUCUGGCGAACAUUCACACAAGAGGUUCAAUUCAAGGACCAGGAUGGCCCCUCUAAAGACGUUCGUGGUUACCACAAACCUAUCAUGCUUGCUGGUGGUGUGGGCAAUGUUCGCCCACAGUAUGCACUCAAAUCAAAAAUUACUGAUGGCAGUGCAAUUAUCGUUUUGGGAGGUCCGGGUAUGUUGAUCGGUCUUGGAGGUGGUGCGGCAUCGUCCAUGGCUUCAAGCGCAAAUCGGGCUGAUUUGGAUUUCGCAAGUGUGCAAAGAGAAAAUCCAGAAAUGGAACGCAGGUGUCAAAGUGUAAUUGAUGCAUGUUGCUCAUUGGGUGACACAGCCCAUGGUACGUUGGAAGGUGAAAUAUUGAAAGGCAAUCCUAUUCAAAGCAUUCAUGAUGUCGGAGCUGGAGGAUUGAGUAAUGCUUUGCCGGAGUUGGUUCACGAUAGUGAUUUGGGUGCCGUCUUUGAGAUUCGUGACGUUCUGGUUGCCGAUCCAGGUAUGAGUCCGAUGGAGAUUUGGUGCAACGAAAGUCAAGAACGAUAUGUCUUAGCUGUCAAGCAAGAAGACUUGAACAGAUUCAAGGAGAUCUGCGAGCGUGAAAGGUGUCCUUUCUCGGUGGUGGGCAAGGCUACAAGUGAAUUGCGUCUUGUCGUGACGGAUAGACUGCUUGGAAACAAUGCCAUUGAUCUGCCAAUGUCUACACUCUUCGGCAAACCGCCAAAGAUUGCAAGAAAGGCACAAACGGAGACGAUUGACUAUCCAGCUUUCGAUACCAGCCUGCAGAAAUAUUUGCCAAACUCUGGCUCUCUUUCAGAGGCAAUUGCAGAGGCAUGCGAUCGUGUGCUCCACCUUCCCACCGUAGCAUCAAAAUCAUUCUUGAUCACAAUCGGUGAUCGUUCCAUUACCGCAUUGGUUGCAAGAGAUCAAAUGGUGGGACCAUGGCAAGUGCCAGUGGCGGAUGUUGCUGUGACGAGAACAUCUUAUGGAUUCUUGGACGCCUUGACUGGAGAAGCAAUGACAUCUGGAGAAAGAACGCCACUUGCCUUAAUCAAUCCAGCUGCUUCUGCAAGAAUGGCAGUAGGUGAAGCUUUGACUAAUUUAGCUGCAGCAAGCGUGCCUGCUAUGGAACGAAUCAAGUUGAGUGCUAACUGGAUGUGCGCGGCUUCUCAUCGUGAUGAGGGUGCCAGAUUGUAUGAAGCGGUAGAGGCUAUCGGUAUGGAUUUGUGUCCCGCACUAGGAUUAGCAAUUCCAGUCGGAAAAGAUUCCAUGUCAAUGAAGAUGGCCUGGCAGUCGGACAAUAAGGAAUCAAAAUCUGUGACAGCUCCGAUGAGUGUUAUUAUCACAGCAUUUGCUCCAGUUGACAGCAUUGACCGGACAUGGACACCACAACUUCGAACAGAUGUUGAGGAUGAAACAUGUUUGUUCUUUAUCGACCUUGCAAAUGGAAAGCAAAGAUUAGGUGGAUCAUGUCUAGCUCAAGUGUUCAGUCAAUUAGGAGGCAGUGAAUGUCCAAAUGUAGAAGAUGCUUCCAUCUUGCGCGGUUUCUUCCAAGCAUGCCACACUUUGAAACAGCUUCGGGUUCAGAAUAGACAAGAGGAUGGCUUGGUUCUCGCUUAUCACGAUCGAAGUGAUGGAGGCUUGCUCACCACUGUUGUAGAGAUGGCCUUUGCUGGUCAUGCAGGUCUGGAUAUCAAUCUAGACAGUCUUUUGCAACAACUAUCGGAUCCAACAUCCGCACUCUUCAACGAAGAAUUGGGUGCAGUCAUGCAAAUCAGAUCCCGCGAUGUGAAAGCGGUCACAGCCGUGUUGGCCGAAGCAGGCGUCCCAACCAAUUGCAUGCACAUUAUUGGAAAAGUGUUACCGUCAACUGAUCAAUCGAUCACAGUUCGUGCCAGUGGCAAGAUUCUAUUGCAAAGUGAUAGAGCCUCUCUGCAAAAGUCUUGGUCAGAAACAUCUUUCCGCAUGCAAGCCAGACGUGAUAAUGCCCUUUCAGCACAAUCCGAAUUUGCAUUGAUCACAAAUGAGGCAAGAGGCGCUCAUACGCUUUCGUAUGAUCUUACGUAUGUUCCUGGUACAGAUUACCUUGGUGCUUUGAAACCAUCUUUGGUUCCCCUUGAUGUUCGACCAAAGGUUGCCAUUCUCCGUGAACAAGGUGUGAAUGGACAUAUCGAAAUGGCGUUCGCUUUCGAUCAAGCCGGUUUCACCGCUGUUGAUGUGCACAUGAGCGACCUGAUCGCCGGAAGGGUUACUUUACGUGACUUUGUUGGUUUGGCAGCCUGCGGUGGUUUCAGUUAUGGUGACGUUUUGGGAGCUGGAAAUGGUUGGGCUCAAUCGUGCUUGCUAAUUUCUCAAGUUUAUGCUGAACUGGAUGCAUUCUUGAACAAGCGCUCAGAUACGUUUGCUCUUGGUGUUUGCAAUGGAUGUCAAUUCUUCAGUCAUUUGGCUAGAUCGGGUUUGUUGAAGACCGGCAGCGCUACCGGAUCAAAUCAAUUGGUCUGGCCACGUUUCACAAACAAUAUGAGCGAAAGGUUCGAAGGACGAGUAAGCAUGGUUGCAAUCAAUGACACUCCAGCCGUUAGACAGAAUGUCUUUUUACGUGAUAUGAUUGGAAGCCGAUUGCCAUCCAUCAUUGCACAUGGUGAGGGAAGGGCAGCAUUCGAAAAUCAAGAGACGGAACUACAAGCUUUGGAAUCUGCUGGUUCAGUUGCCAUUCGAUUUGUUGAAGAUGGUCAAUCUGAUAUCACCAAAGGAACUACUCGUUACCCAAUCAAUCCGAACGGCAGUCCCAACGGUUUGACAGGUUUGGUGUCCUUGGAUGGAAGAGUGUUAGCCAUGAUGCCACAUCCUGAACGUGGAAUCACGCGAGAAUCCAUGAGCUGGCGUCCAGAAGCAAGUACACAAGCAUGGAACGGUCAUGGACCAUGGCAAAGAAUGUUUGAAAGCGCACGAAAAUGGGUGGAUAUGCAAAGCAAAUAAAAUAGAAAUGUGUAAAAAUACAGUGAAUUGAUUAUAAUCGGACAGGUAUACUAGUUUUAAC